UCAGCCUUUUUACCAUCACCUAAAAAUUACUAAUUGCAAGACAAAGACAUAUAUGUACGUGGGUGUGAGGGAACAAAUCAUGAAACAGAAAGACAAAGUGCACUGGUGUAAAGUGGUCUGGUUUUCACAUGGAAUUCCUCUUUGCUCUUUCAUUACCUCGCUUGCUGUCGAACAUAGGUUGGCGACUAUUGAUAGAAUGAGAACGUGGGGCUCUGAACAAGCUUGUAUUUCCUAUGGAGAGCUCAAUGAAAAACGUGAUCAUUUAUUCUUUGUGUGUUCUACAUAUACGGUUUGGCUAGAACUAGGGAGGACUCUUUUGGGAAAUGCAGCAAAUCCAGAUUGGGCGGAAAUGCUGGAGUUUCUUACUCAGCUACUCUUGGAGUUAUUUAUUACAUUUGGAGAGAGAAACUCUCAGAGACAGAGAACAAUUUGGGCUGCGAUCUUGCAGUUAUGUCGCUUUAUUAAUAGAGUUAUGCACAAUCCGAUUGUUUCACUUCACCACCACUUCCCGCACAAGCUAAAAAGUCUGCUC